ACUGGUAGCAUACGUCAUUGCUUCAAUUGAUAAAAGCAUCAAAAUUCCGCACAAAAUCUCAUUUUAAGACUUUUUCCAUUAAUUUUAAUUAUUUUUAAGAUGAAAACUUACAUAAUUCUUCUCGUAUUAGCGAUCGCUGUGCCAAUUUACUCAAAAAAAGCUCAAGAAAAACCAAAAUGGGCUCAAAAAGAUAUCCGAGACUUUACAGAUGCCGAUAUGGAACGCCUGCUCGACCAAUGGGAGGAAGAUGAAGAACCUCUGCCCGAAGACGAGCUCCCAGAAUAUCUGAGAAAGCCGGCUCCCAUCAAUUUCGAGGGUUUGGACAUGUCUAAUCCGGAAAAUAUGCUGAAAAUGUCAAAAAAAGGAAAAACUUUGAUGACUUUUGUCAUGGUUUCGGGCAAUCCGACGAAGGAAGAGAGCGAAACGAUAACUUCGUUGUGGCAAACGAGCUUGCGGAACAAUCAUUUAAUCGCCGAACGGUACAUGGUCGACGAUAAUCGGGCGAUUUUCAUGUUUGCCGACGGAAGUCAAGCAUGGGAGGCGAAAGAUUUCCUCGUGGAACAGGAAAGAUGUGAAAGUGUCACGAUCGAGAACAAAGUUUACAACGGAAAAUUCAGCGGAAAAAAGGACGAACUGUAAUAAAAGUCGCAAAAAAUGCUUUUUAA